UAGACUGCUAUUAAUAGUAGUAACCUAACUAACAUCAACAUAAAAUAAAGUGUUACCAAAUCUCCAUAUAACUUACUCACGCACGCUCCAAAAAGUAUAAAAAGUAAAUAUAAGUCAAGCACCAAUAUAAAUAGAAUUUUAUGUUUUGACAUAAAUUAUUAGAAACAACUGAAAUAACAGUUAAGCUAAUGUCUAAAAUCGUAGUUGAUAAGACAGUUCUUACACCUCAAACACUUUAAAUAAUAUAAUUAAGCUGCUUUGGAUAAAAGAUCACACCUUAAAAUUGGUAAAAGUUUUUGUAAAUGAAAUUGAAUUUUUUAUCCUCAAACAAACUCCUGUUUUUAAAAUCCUCAGACUUCAUAAGGAGUUUUAUUUCGAGCGGGUCCGUAUCAGCUUAUAGGCUACUUUGUGUGAGAAAGUGUGAGUCUGAAGGGUUGCACUGAUGCGUGGAGAGUGAUGUCCCGCUCACGGAUGUUCUUCCUGUCUACUGUGCUCGUCGUGGCCCUUUUUCGUCUCAUUUUGGGUCAGAACUGCUCAGAGCACUGCAAGGCAUGUGGAGGGCCAGAGAAAGACCAAUGUCUUCAGUGCCAAAGCGGAUUCAUCCUGCAUGACAACCUGUGUGUAGAUAUUGAUGAAUGUGGUACUGAUCUGGAUCGGUGUCCCGACAACACGUACUGCUUGAACACCCAUGGCUCUUAUGAAUGCAAAGGAUGUGAUAAGGCCUGUGUUGGCUGUAUGGGUGGAGGAGCUGCCCGCUGUAAGAAAUGUGCUCCUGGUUUCAGGUCAUCAGGGAUAAGAUGCAUAGAUAUAGACGAGUGUGCUGAGGAGGUGUUGGCCUGUCCUGGUGUCAAUGUCUUCUGUGUGAAUACAGAGGGGUCUUUUCACUGUCAGUGUGCAGGCGGAUACACACGCACCGGCAACACCUGUGAGAGGAGCCAGGCCUCAGAUUCUGCUGAAAAGGGUUUUUUGGAUGACAUUCAGGAGGAUGAAGUGGAGGUUCUGCAGCAGAUGUUCUUCGGGGUGGUGUUGUGUGCGUUGGCCACGUUGGCGGCUAAAGGGGACUUGGUGUUCACCUCCAUCUUUAUGGGGGCCGUGGCGGCCAUGGCUGGAUACUGGCUCUCUGAUAAGAGCGACCGACUGAUAGAUUCAAUCUUGAAGGGAGAUAAAUACAAAAGGGGCCUGCAAAGUUGUGUUACCUGCAAAGUUGGGCCAUUUCUUACACAAUGA